UCCUACAAAAAAGAUUCAAUAAUAUUUUGUAAUAGGUCUGAUAGUUUCGCCGGAAAAGUAAGAAAAUCUCAAAAUUUAACAUGAAUUUGACUUCAACCUCAAAUAACUUUUGAACAAAUAGAUUUAUCAAAAAAUGAUAAGAAUCUUUUUUUGUAGAGCAUUCAAUCCCCUACAAAAAUAUGCCUGCCAAUUAUUCCUAUGACGCAUCGUUAGCUACUUAUAAAAAUCAGAAGACGUAAAAAAAAUUUUUUCCAUGUUAUUCUUAUGGGAAAUAGAAAAGUGCAAUGCGGAAACUCUUAAUAUUAAUAUUAAGAUCUCUAAUUUUCACAGGCAUCUUUUUUUAUCUAAAAAAACUUUUGAACCUGUUUGGAAGAAAAAAAAAUUUGUUUGUUUUUUGAAUCACCCUAAUAUAAAUAUAUAUAAUAUCAGCGCCAAAAACUUCAACGAUUUCAAAAUCGAAGUAUAAUUUGAUCAGACAUUUAAACAUAUGGUCGCUAAUUACUUUUAAUUACAACAUGAACCAGUGCAAGCAAGCAGAUAAUUAAGAUAUCAUAUGCGAAUAAUUGAUUAAUUAAUUAAUUUUAUGAAAAUUAAAUAAUUUAUUGGAGUGUGAUUAAGUAAUUAUAGUUUUUCAAAAUAACUAAUCAAAAAUUUCACUUGCUUAUAGACUAUAAAUACCAAAAAUCCCAAAUAAUCUUUUAUUUUUUAUUGAUGAAAUUUCCUAGGGACAGCGAAACAAACAAUAAAAUCAUUAAUUAAUCAUUAAAUCAAUUAAUAAAAUCAUUAAUUAAAUAUAUCGAUGCCCCAGACAGAAGUUAAAUAACUGAUGUUUCAAAAAAAUUGCGAAAUAGAAUAUUUUUAUAAAAAUUUAUUAAUAUAUUUCACAAUAACGUCUCGCAGAUGCAAGUAACACAUUUAAUAAAUAUGAACGUUUCACAAUUGGGUGAUUAAAACCCCUAUAUAUGCCGCUAAAUUUACGCCUGACAUCAAAUCUCUUGAGAAUAUUGAAGACAGACCUAAAACUUUAAGCGAAAAUGUUGAGCGUUACAGUUUUUUUCGGUUUGAUCGCUGGGUCUUUUGCUUUGACAUUCCUUGAUGGCAAUUGUCCACAAGUAGGUCCUCUGAACCCAGUUGAUAUUAAUGCGUUGGCUGGAGACUGGUGGUUACUCGAACGCAACGUCGACAAUUGGGAUAAUGUAGGAAAAUGUGGAAAAAAACAUAUCGAUCCAGUAGUUAAUGGCACCUUACGAGUUGUUACCAGCCGUGUUUCGACAAAAACCAGCGUAACUUCAUUGGUUGAGGCCCAAGUAACUGUUAGUGAGGACAAUGUAGUGCAUUUCCGUAUUCAAGUACCAAUUUGGGGUGAAUUCAACCAAGACCACUGGAUUCUUGAUACAGAUCCUGAAAAUUAUGCCAUAAUCUGGAACUGUCAAAAUUGGGGAAGACAACACACCGAAGGCCUCUGGAUAUUCGGAAGAAACAAAUACAUAUGCGGAUUCGACGAAGGAUAUGUAAGACGAGUACUUGGAAGUUAUGGCCUCCGUUAUCCGAAGAUGAUUAGAAUUGAUAACGAAAAUUGUCUUUAAUGUAAUAUAGUUUGUAAUCAAGUUUCAUAAAAUAGAUGUAAUU